AUGGAGCUGUUUGCUCCAUCGAACUCAUCGACGGCUGCUGCCGUUACGUUUAUUACUUUCGUUCAAGACCUCAAAAAGAAAACCAAAGCAUGGGGUCCGAUGAUAGAGCUCUGUGCCAGCGGAGAGAAGACAUUGGAGCGAUUUAGAUACCAGUUCCCGGAUGACUGGCUAUAUAGCGAUCAACUUAGAGGGGAAUGGAGUGCCUACAAUGAAAUAUUGAAGAGGAAGAAUGAUUCUAUUCAGGAGCAACUUGCGGGUCUCCAGCUCAAAAUAAUAGCAGAAGACAAGAUUGUUGAAGGAAGAAUCGGUGAUAUUCUGCAAGAAUGGGAGAUCACUCGUCCUGUUCAGGGUAACAUCCGCGCGGACAUGGCGAUGAACACCAUAAAUGUCUUCGAGGGCAAACUGAAUCGCGUCAAAGAGGAAUAUGAUCUUCUUUGCCGCGCAAAAGAAGCAUUGGACCUGGAAUUGACUAGACAUACACGUCUGGAACCCGUGUUUGAGGAGUUACGCGAUUUGAAGGCCGUAUGGACUGCAUUAUCGGGUAUUUGGAACCAGAUCAGCGAGUUGCGGGAGAUGGCGUGGGCCACGGUUCAGCCCCGGAAGCUGAGGCAGCAGAUUGAUGCACUGCUCAGUUCUACUAAGGAGAUGCCGACAAGGAUGAGGCAGUACGCAGCAUUUGAAUAUGUGCAAGACAUCCUUCGAGGUCUCCUCAAGUCGAAUACUCUUGUGUCCGACCUAAAAUCAGAAGCUUUGAAGGACCGCCAUUGGAAGCAACUGUUCAAGGUCCUGAGACUAGGGUCAUCGGUCAGCUUGAAUUUGAUGACCCUUGGCCAUGUUUACGAUCUGGACCUCAAAGGAAACGAGGGCGUCAUCAAGGAGGUCAUUGUACAAGCUCAAGGAGAGAUGGCCCUCGAAGAGUACAUCAAACAAGUGAAGGAAGUUUGGACGAAUUAUACUCUUGAUCUCGUCAACUAUCAGAACAAGUGCAGACUCAUCAGGGGGUGGGAUGAUUUGUUCAACAAGUGCAGCGAGAAUCUCAAUUCUCUGACGGCGAUGAAAUUGUCCCCGUAUUACAAAGUUUUUGAGGAAGAAGCGUCGUCUUGGGAAGAUAAACUGAGCAGAAUCAACGUGCUUUUCGGCGAGUUCAAGUUAAUGAUGCUGAAACGAAUAUGA